AUGGCCUCGGAAACAUCGGAAGAGAGUGUUUGUGGAAUCAACAAUCAAUUAGAAUCCAUAAAUGAUCCUAGAAUUAAAUCGUUCUUCUCAGAACUUGAAACACUAGGAGAUAUCACCAAAUCCAUUUAUGGAAAAACAAUUGAUAGAGUCAAUGUAGGAUUGUCAAAGGUUGGGGCUAGACCAGUAAGCGGAAUAAGAGGAUUGUAUUUUAACAAGGGGAUGUGGAAAGUGAAAUAUUUCGACAACGACUACGAAGUAGUUACAUGCCUCUUUAGAUACGACGACACUGAUAAACUUAUCAAGACAUAUCACAUCGCUCGCUCAUUUCUGAACAAAGUUAUCGAAUACAAUCGACACAUAAAUGAAGAUGAUGGAACGAUUUUGGAUGAAUUGACCAACGAUCAAUUAAUCGAACUGGAUAAAAGAAAAAGUAAGGUAACUUAUGAAAUCACUUCCCGACCUUAUUUGUCGGAUUUAUGUGAUAAAAAUGAUCCUAUGAUCAUUGAAAACCUAAGUUUGAAGAGGACCAGAAAAACCCAACCAACCAAUUUUGUCCAAAAGCCUUACUACAGAGACAAUGAGGUUAAAAGGAAGAAAAGAGAAGCACCAGAACCCACAAACAAUUUUGACCUCCAGGCUAUCAUGGCAUCCAGAAACGUAGGAACAGGGAUUAAAAAUAGAAAAUUGCCCAAAUUCGAGGCCAAAAUCUUAAAAUACAGCAAUUUCAGCACCAUUGAUAUGAUUCAUGAUAUGAUCGACAAAAAUUGUGAAGCCAAAUUAUGUGAUCAUGGAAAAAUUUAUUCCAUAAAGCAGAAAAAUUGCGAAUUCAGAUCAAUCGACCAAUCAGAAAAAUCUUCUGAGAAUACGAUAGGCCAAGCCGCAGUAAAACAUGAAAUGAUUAAUGGUUCAAAGAGGGAAAACAAUUGUGAAUCCCAGAAAUCUAAAGAACGGAAAACAAAAUCCCCAAAUGAUGAAUAUAUGUUUAUUAUUAAGUCGUAUAACUUCGACAAUUGCUUCAAAAAGUAG